ACUCAUACUAUAAUAACACCGCAGUUAUAGGGCAGUUGACCAAUUUAUUUCCAGAAGCAUUGUAUGCGGCAAGUGUUUGUGUCGUGCCUGUAUUUCUUGAUACGCCAUAUUAUUUUUGUGCUUUUUAAACUCUCAAUAGUAUAAAUUUGAGUGUGCUUGUAAUGUUAGUAACACUCAACUACGAUGGCUAAAUUAUUUUGUAAAAUAUUAUUGUUGUUUUUGUUAAUGACAAUCCUCAUUGCCGAGGGAAAGAAAAUAUCGAGGAGCAGAAGUUCCAGUCGCAGUUCCAGUAGUAGCAGCAGUAGAAGGACUAGUAAUCAUCCGGCACCGACGUCGUUGAGCCAUUCACAAGCAUCUGCUCCAAAGCCAACGCUUUUUGGAUGGCAGGAAAAAUCUGCUCAGAAAACUCAGAAAUCCCAACCACGCCAGUCUAAGCCAGGCGAACAAAAACAUUCAUAUCCUUCUAGUAAGACUGGUUUAUCUGGAAGUGAUCCACCAAAGAAAACACAGGUUCAAUCGGAAAAUAUCCAGCGCAGUAAUGUUCCAAAUCAGCAGUCAGUACCACAACAUACACCUACAAAUGGACAUUCGUAUCCAACAUCAAAUGGCCUAUCGGGCAGUUCUGGAACAGGUGUUAAUAAUCCUCAGGGAUCAGGGCAUUCUGGAGCUAAUUUAGCACAUCAUCAAGUUCAAUCGGAAAAUAUCCAGCGUAGCAAUAUACCAAAUCAACAAACAGCACAACAACCUGCGUCAUAUGGUGCUAAUAGUCACUCAUAUCCAGCAUCAAAUGGUCUAUCAGGGGGUUCUGGAACUGGCGCAGGUUAUCCUCAAGGCCCUGGACUAUCUGGUUCUAACGUGGCACCUCCAGCAUAUCAAGCAUCAAACUCAUACAAACCACAGAGUCCAACAAAUAAUCUAGGAAAUGGUUAUAUACACCCUCAAGGUCCACCACCACCAUAUCCAGGCAUGGGAAAUAAUUAUAAUCAUCACGGACAACCUCAUCAAUAUUCAGGUUAUGGAAAUAUUGGAAAUAGUUAUGGUGGAUAUGGCGGAGGAUAUGGAGGUCCACAGAUGCCUGGUUACUUCGGCGGUUAUUCGAAUAAUAAAGGUUUUGGUGGCAUGAGUCGUCCUGGGAGCGCAUUAGCUGGUGUCGGAAUUGCUGGAGCAGGAAUAGGAACCAUAUUAACUGGGCUGGCGUUAUGGAAUUUAGCUAGAUCAACGGGACAUCGUCAUCACACUGUUAUAUAUGAUAACAGAGGACAGCCUGUUGCAGUAGCACCUGUUAAUGGUACAGAUACUUCUGUGUCCGAUUCUUUGUUAGCUGAUUUGGUCAAUUGUACCUUAACCAUCAGUACAGAUAAUGCAACUGAAGUUCUUGCCAUUCCUUGUUCAAUUGCAACUUCAUUUACUCCAGAUGCUGAUGAUAAGGAUGUAAAAGUUGAUACUCCAAAUGAUAAUACUAAAUGCACUAUAACAGUGGUUACAAAAUCCGCUAAAGAGUUUAUGACUACAAUACCUUGCUCAGUGCUUUUAAAUACAGCAGCUCAAAAUAAUGUGACAGAACCACCACCAGAAAAUUUUACUGAACAGACAGCUAACAUUACAAUUUCAACUGUCGAUAAUGAUACAAAUUCACCUUCAGCAUUAAAACUUUCAAGUUCUAAAGAAAAUAUAGAUACUGAUUCACCAACCGUCUAUAACUGUGCUUCAGAACCGGGUGAUAUACGGGAUCCCAUUAAUCCGUGUUUUAGUAUAAAUCACAAUUUAACUGUGGUUCCCCUUGCUUCUUCAGAUGUUUAAUUGUUAUGCUUAUUAAUUCCAAAUCAAAUAGGGAAUUCUUAAUGAUAUUAUAAUGCACUAUUAAAUUUAUAUUAAACAAAA